UGCCGAGACGCCGAGGGUCGUCUUUCGCUAGCGACAAUUCAUUGUCGCAGACAAAAUUACAACUGGUGAUAGUGAUGCAAGGUGUCAGGAUGCUGAAGCUCGUGAGAAUCGGAGAAAAUGGGCUCAGAAGAUUGCAUUGCACUAGCAGGAAACGUGCUGCUAUAUCAGCAUCCACGAGAUUUGAAAAAUCAAAAUACUUGAAUGCCACUGUUGGAGCUGCAGCGAAAUUAGAACAUUCUCAAAUACGCGAUUACAGCUUCAUUCAUGACAGCCACUAUAUGUACACUCGGGAUCAAGAUCAAGCAACAAAUGCCGAAGAUGUUUUAUUUGAUAUGUUCAAGAACGAGGAGACUAGUCUUAUAUCAGUGGGAGAGUUUUUAGCUGCUUUAAGGAUAACUGGCUUACGGAAGAAUGAUCCUCGACUUCAGGAGUUUACGGACAAUCUUAAGAAAGAGCACAUCAAGAAUAGCGAUCGCACUAAAGCUAUAUCACAUGAAACACAGAAGUUAGACAGAGAACAAUUCAGAAGAAUUAUAAAUCCCAAUAUUGUUCUGAUCUCGCGAGCAUUCAGGCACCAGUUCAUAAUUCCCGAUUGGUCAGGUUUUACGAAGCACAUCGAAGAUUUUUAUUGGAAAUGCAAAACGAAUAUCGAGGGCAAGGUCGCCUCUUAUAUACCGCAGUUAGCCAAAAUGAACCCAGAAUAUUGGGGCGUAUCUGUGUGCACCAUCGAUGGUCAGCGAUUUAGCAUUGGCGAUACCACAAUACCGUUCACCCUUCAAAGUUGCAGCAAACCUUUGACCUAUGCGAUAGCCUUGGACAGGCUGGGUCCAGAAGUGGUGCAUCAAUACGUUGGUCAAGAACCGUCCGGUAGAAAUUUUAAUGAGCUUGUACUCGAUUAUGGCAAGAAGCCACAUAAUCCAAUGAUUAACGCUGGCGCGAUAUUGAUCUGCUCACUUUUAAAAACAUUAGUCAAGCCGGAAAUGGGCUUGGCAGAAAAAUUCGAUUUCGCGAUGAAUUGUUUCAAGAGAUUGGCCGGUGGUGAGAAUCUUAGUUUUAACAACGCCAUUUUCCUGUCGGAGCGAGAGGCAGCUGACCGAAAUUACGCUUUAGGAUUUUACAUGAGGGAGCACAAAUGUUAUCCAGAAAAAACGAAUUUGCAGGAAGUUAUGGAUUUUUAUUUUCAGUGCUGUGCCAUGGAAGCAAAUUGCGAGACGAUGGCGGUAAUGGCAGCCACCUUAGCAAACGGAGGUAUUUGUCCAGUUACUGAGGAGAAGGUCCUAAAACCGGACAGUGUUCGUGAUGUUCUGAGUCUCAUGCACAGUUGCGGCAUGUACGACUAUAGUGGUCAAUUCGCGUUCAAAGUUGGCAUACCGGCGAAAUCCGGUGUAUCAGGAAGUCUUCUCGUGGUAAUUCCAAAUGUCAUGGGAAUUUGUACGUGGUCACCGCCUUUGGAUCCACUCGGCAAUUCCUGUCGUGGUGUGCAGUUCUGUGAAGAACUCGUGCGCGAAUUUAACUUUCACAGGUAUGACAAUUUGAAGCAUGCAACGAAUAAGAAAGAUCCUAGACGGCACAAAUACGAAACGAAAGGUCUCUCGAUCGUUAAUCUUCUGUUCAGUGCUGCCAGUGGUGAUGUCACAGCGAUGAGAAGACAUCGAUUGAGUGGGAUGGAUAUGACAUUGUCAGAUUACGAUGGCAGAACCGCGUUGCAUUUAGCCGCUAGCGAAGGUCAUCUAGAUUGCGUCGAGUUUCUAAUCGAGCAUUGCGGAGUCCCACAUGAUCCCAAGGAUAGAUGGGGUAAACGACCAGUCGACGAAGCUGAAACUUUCGGGCACAUGCAAGUGGUGGAAUAUUUGAACAACUACUCUCUCGUUCGUAAAACCGAGCUAGAGAACAAACAGGACGAAUGUAUCGAUAAUGACAACGAGUCAUGUCGUAAAUCACCGGAAACGGCAGUACAGUCGUGAAUAAUAAUAUAAGCGAUGAUGAAUUUACACAAAACUGGAGUGAAUCGAGGGUUAGGGUGGGAAUAUCAAGAACCUAUGUGAGAGCUAUUGAAUAGAGGAAGACGUGAGACAAUGUAUCGAUCGUAAUAAUAGCAAAAUGAGGUCGCAAACAAACCCUAUGGACAAUAAUGAGGAACAAUAAUUUUCUCAUUUUUUGGAUCUGUGACCUCGUUCUACUUCGCGCGAUAGAGUUAUCUCAGCAUUGAGCGGCACGCUCAGUGUCCGAUUAAGAAUUACUGUGAUUAACAUUAUGUCUUUUUUCCAUGAUUUAGUUUAAUAUUA